GGAAUGUCUUUGAUCCGAAAAGGGCAUACACCAGCCGUGCCAGGUUGACAGGACCCAAAUGAUACAGUAACAAAGACUGCACGGCACCUUCAUCUCUCCUUCUCUCCGUCGUCUUCACGCAAGAGGACAGGGCAGGAGAGCAGACACGGACACACACUGGUGUGGACGCAGCUUUGUGCUACUGAAAGAAAAAAAGCUUCAAAAUUUUAUAGGGUGGUCAUCUUUACCGGUGUGCGAGCGAAGCGAAUCUAAUCUGUCAGCCUCAAGAAACCGGGUGGAAAUAAGGAGGGCGCCCGGGCCGGGCCGCACUGGCUGGCACUGCACACGGGCGGCAGACAGUGGUCGUCUCGCCCUCUUGCUCGCGGUUGAUGGCCGCCGCCCGUUUCCUCGUACACCUGCUCCUCUUGGCCGCCGCGAGCACCAGCGCCGUCGCCGCCGCUUCUACCUCGCUCUCCACCAAUGCCACCGCGGCGGCCCCCGGCGUCAGCGGCGGGAACGUCACCGGGUUCAGCUUCUCCCGGUUCGUCUCCGCGAACCGCGUCGUCAACGUGACGGUGCUGGGCGACGCCAACAUCAACCAGGGCGCGCUCCAGAUCACGCCGGACUCGCUCAACGACGCCGCCACCUACCUCACCCACAAGUCCGGCCGCGUGCUCUACGCCACCCCGUUCAAGCUCUGGCACCGCGACAAGGCCAACGCGACAAGCUCUGGCAAGAAGACGGUCGCGUCCUUCAGCACCGUCUUCACCGUCAACGUGUUCCGGCCCAACGGCACGGAGCCCGCGGAGGGGUUCGCGUUCCUCAUCGCGCCGUCCACGGACGAGCCGCCCGUGGGGAGCUCCGGCGGGUACCUGGGCCUCACCAACGCGGCCACCGACGGCAACGCCACCAACCGGAUCGUCGCCGUGGAGCUCGACACCGAGAAGCAGGCGUACGACCCGGACGACAACCACGUCGGGCUCGACGUCAACAGCGUCGUCUCCGUCGCCACCGCCUCGCUGCGCCCGCUCGGCAUCGAGAUCUCGCCCGUCGACCCUGUCAAGUACAACGUCUGGGUCGACUACGACGGCGCCGCGCGCCGCAUUGCGGUGCGCAUGGCGGUGGCGGGCAAACCGAAGCCACGGCGCGCGGUGCUCGCCGCGCCGCUGGACCUCGGCGCGACCGUGGCCGAGUGGUCCUACUUCGGGUUCGCGGCGUCCACGGGGAGCAAGUACCAGCUCAACUGCGUCCUCGCGUGGAACAUGACGCUGGAGAAACUCCCGUGCGACGACGACGGCGGCGAUGGCAGUGGCAGGAGGCGGACGCUCGGGCUCGCCGUCGGAGUGCCCGUGGGCGUCGUCGCGGUGGUCGGCGCCGCCGUGCUGGCGUACGUGUGCGUGGUGAAGCGGCGGAAGGUGCACGGCGACGACGGCGGCAAUAGCAGCAGCGCCAUCACCGGCACCAUGAUCCGGAGCCUCGCCGGCGGGCCGCGCGAGUUCGAGUACCGCGAGAUCCGCAAGGCCACAAACAACUUCGACGAGAAGAUGAAGCUGGGGCAGGGCGGGUACGGGGUCGUGUACCGGGGCGUGGUGGUCGGUGACCAUACCAGCCCCGGCGGCGCCGGGAGCGCCGUCGAGGUGGCCGUCAAGAAGUUCUCCCGCGCCAGCACGCAGGGACAGAACGACUUCCUCUCCGAGCUCAGCAUCAUCAACCGCCUCCGCCACAAGCACCUCGUCCGCCUCGUCGGGUGGAGCCACGACAAUGGCGAGUUGCUGCUGGUGUACGAGUUCAUGCCGAACGGGAGCCUGGACCAGCACCUGUUCAGCCCGGCGGCGGCGGCGGCAGGCCGGCAGCUGCUGGGGUGGGAGCUCCGGUACAACAUCGUCAGGGGCGUGGCGUCGGCGCUGCACUACCUGCACGACGAGUACGACCAGCGCGUGGUGCACCGGGACCUCAAGGCCUCCAACAUCAUGCUGGACGCCGCCUUCAGCGCGCGGCUCGGCGACUUCGGCCUGGCGCGCGCCAUCGAGACCGACAAGACGUCGUACAUGGAGGAGGCCGGCGGCGGCGUGCACGGCACCGUCGGGUACAUUGCGCCGGAGUGCUUCCACACCGAGAAGGCGACGAGGGAGUCCGACGUCUACGCGUUCGGCGCCGUCGUCCUCGAGGUGGUCUGCGGCCGCCGCCCGCGCUGCGACAUCGAGGGCUUCCACUUCCUCGUCGACUGGGUGUGGCGCCUUCACCGCGACGGCCGCGCGCUGGAGGCCGUCGACGCGAGGCUCGACGGCGCGUUCGACGUGGGCCAGGCGGAGCGGCUGAUCCUGCUGGGGCUCGCGUGCAGCCACCCGACCCCCGCCGAGCGGCCCAAGACGCCGGCCAUCCUGCAGAUCCUGCUCGGGUCCAUGCCGCCGCCGGAGGUGCCGCCGUUCAAGCCGUCCUUCGUGUGGCCGGCGACCGACGGGGGGCUCGACACCAUGUCGACCACGGCGGGCACCACGACGAGCCAGCUCAGCUUGACGUCGGCGUCCACGUGGAGCGGCAGCUUCGUGAAAGGCAGCUUGAAGCAUGCGUUCGAGCAAGAAGGCAACACCGAUUCCUUGGCGUAACAUAACUGAGCUACUAUCAUUCUUAACGUUUGUUCUCGUAAAACUUCAACAUGUUCGACACGAUGGAAUCAUCGUCAUGGUCACUGUGGAGGUUAAUUGUUCAAACCAGAGUGACCUCCACGUCGUCCCGAUCGCAAGACGAUCAAAGACUGUAGACCGAAGAAGAUGAUGAGCUAGUGAUUUGUUUGAACAUAAAUGCCUUUUUUGUGUUUUGUUUGAUUUCUUUUACAUUCUUUCCCUUUGUUCAAAUUUUAUACCAUUGUAAUUAUGUUUUUUUAGAUUUUUUUAUGUCGUCACUCGGCGAUGAAGGUCCAGAAUUGGCCGUCCACUUCUCUUUUUUUACGCAAUAAGUAGGAAAGCACAUGUAUCUUGUAAACUACAAUAGGAACAUAUUUGUCCAAUCUUUCGUUAGGUAAAGAUAACUUUUGAUCUUAUGGAAGUGAUGUUGA